GUCCACAACGCGGAAGCGGCGAGGGGAGCGGAAGGCAAGUUUUGAGCAGUUGCGAGGGGUCGCCUCAGAAGCGGGGCUGAGGCGGCCGCGAAGAGGACCUGGGGCCCGCCAACCCUCCGUCCAUUCUCCCUUGCUCGCUCCGCCCCAUCCCGGGGAACCUGCCAUGAAUGUGGACGUGGAGUUCCACAUUCGCCACAACUACCCAUGGGCCCGUCUCCCCGCCAGCGUUAAGCAGGGUCUUGGAAACUCACAACGAGAAUAUGAAAAGCAGGUUGUACUCUACAGUAUCCGCAAUCAACUUCGGUACCGAAAUAACUUAGUUAAGCACAUCAAGAAAGAUGAACGCAAAUACUACGAGGAUCUGUUAAAAUACAGCAGAGAUCAUCUUAUGUUGUACCCUUACCAUUUGUCUGACAUCAUGGUGAAGGGCUUGAGGAUAACACCUUUUUCAUAUUACACAGGAAUAAUGGAGGACAUAAUGAACAGUGAAAAAAGUUAUGAUUCAUUGCCUAAUUUUACUGCUGCAGACUGCUUAAGGCUUCUUGGCAUAGGAAGAAACCAGUAUAUUGAUUUGAUGAACCAGUGUAGGUCAUCAAAAAAAUUUUUUAGAAGGAAAACUGCUCGUGACCUGUUACCCAUGAAACCAGUAGAAAUUGCCAUUGAAGCUUGGUGGGUAGUACAAGCCGGUUACAUCACAGAGGAUGACAUUAAGAUAUGCACACCCUGUGAAAAAACUGCAGUUGAUAAAAUCAUUGAUUCAGGUCCUCAGCUUGCUGGAAUCCUAGACUACAAUGUUGUUCACAGUUUAUAUAAUAAGGGGUUUAUCUACCUUGAUGUACCAAUAUCCGAUGACAGUUGCAUAGCAGUGCCCCCACUGGAAGGAUUUGUGAUGAACAGAGUUCAGGGAGAUUAUUUUGAAACUCUGCUGUACAAGAUAUUUGUUUCCAUAGAUGAACACACAAACGUCGCAGAGCUAGCAAAUGUCCUUGAGAUUGAUUUGUCCCUUGUGAAGAAUGCUGUUUCCAUGUAUUGCCGGCUAGGGUUUGCUCAUAAAAAGGGUCAAGUAAUAAACCUGGAUAAUCUUCAUUCAUCAUGGCGGAACGUUCCCUCCAUAAACAGGCUAAAAACAUCGCUGGACCCACAGAAGAUGCUGUUAUCCUGGGAGAGUGGAGAAAGCAGGAGUCCUGUCCAAGAGGCUGGCUCUUCUGCCACCGAUACAGAUACCAACAGUCAAGAUGACCAAGGUGACACAGCCAGCGUGAACAGCUUAAGUCUGUCUACUGCACACAUGAAGAGGAUAGCAUUCCUCUUUGAUUCAACUCUGACUGCCUUUUUAAUGAUGGGGAAUCUUUCGCCGAAUUUGAAAAGUCAUGCAGUCACCAUGUUCGAAGUGGGAAAACUGUCCGAUGAGUCACUGGACAGUUUUCUGGUGGAACUUGAAAAGGUUCAAAGUACAGGAGAGGGUGAAGCUCAAAGAUACUUUGAUCACGCUCUGACCCUCAGAAACACUAUCCUGUUCCUGAGACACAAUAAGGACCUCGUGGCUCAGGUUUCGCAGGCUGAGCAACCCACUAAUGGUUUCCCUCUGGAUUUACUACGCUGCGAAAGCUUGCUUGGCUUGGAUCCUGCCACCUGCAGCAGAGUUUUGAACAAAAACUACACACUGCUUGUCUCCAUGGCACCCCUUACCAAUGAAAUUCGACCUACCAGCAGCUGCACUCCCCAGCAUAUUGGACCAGCUAUUCCAGAAGUGAGUUCUGUGUGGUUCAAGCUCUAUAUUUAUCACAUAACUGGACAGGGGCCUCCAUCCCUGUUAUUAUCUAAAGGCACAAGGCUUCGAAAACUUCCAGAUAUAUUUCAGGGCUAUGACCGCUUAUUAAUAACAUCUUGGGGUCACGAUCCAGGAGUAGUCCCCACUUCGAAUGUGCUUACGAUGUUGAAUGAUGCUUUAACCCAUUCUGCUGUCCUGAUCCAGGGACAUGGCAUACACGGCAUGGGGGAAACUGUCCAUAUUCCGUUUCCACUUGAUGAAGCAGAACAGCAAGGAGAUUUUUCCCGUCUCAACAUGGGUGUCCAUAAAGCACUAAAGAUGUUGAGGGAAAAGAUGGAUCUGCAGCACUUCUGCGGCUACAUCACCAUGUUGAACCCUUUCAGUCACCCCGUGAAGAGGAAGCUGAGCGAUGCGUCUGAGGAAAAAGGUGAGCCGGAGCUAGCCCUGGGUUCAGAUGUAAAUGGAAGCACAGAAUCCUUUGAAAUGGUCAUUGAAGAGCCUUACGUAGAUCCUGCUGCUAAACAAAGCCCAGAAGUUCCUACCACAGAACUGGAGUGGGUUCCCCUGGAACUGAGCUUUGGAAUCCCACUCUUCAGCUCGGACCUCAACCGAAAAGUCUGUCGGAAGAUCGCCAGCCAUGGAUUAUGCAGCCGAGAGAGCCUUCAAAAACUGUUACAUUCCAGCAGAAAACUUUCCCUGCAGGUCCUUAGUUUUGUUCAUUCAUUCCAGGAAAACAUUUCCACCGUGGAGUUGCUCUCAGAGGCCAGUUUUUCUUCUUCUGCGUCAAGUUUACUUUCCCCUCUAACUUCUGCCGACGCUGGGGUUCCGCUGCCUGCCAAGAAUCUCAUGUUUAAGGAUGGCGUGUUAUCGGAAUGGAGCGGACGUUCUCCUUCCUCGGUCCUCAUUGCAGCCAUGCCCCCAGAACAUGCAAAGUAGCGUGGCCAUCACAACUUGCCUUUGGACUCCUGGUUAACCCAACUGCAUUCAACUCACAGUGCCAAUCUUCUGAAACUUGUGAUGCUGUCACGACACACAUUCCCCUGCAGUGAAGGUGUUCAUAAAGGGUGCGAUGUUACAUUUCAGAGCGGGAGGGGGAGGAGGAAGAGGCAUUUGGUCUCCCCGUUUCUUGCAUGUUCUGCCGUAAGGAAAAAGCUUUUGUUCAUCGUUGGCCUGUCUCUUUAUCUCAAGACAAUCGAUCUUCCAUUAUUAUUAUUUUUAACAGACCGUCCCCUUCUGAAGCUUCCUGAUCAUUGAUUGAAUUUCUAUGCUGUCGCAAGGGGUAAUAGCAAUUUUAUAUAUAUUAGUAACGCUGACCUUAAAUUUGCCUGGUUCUUUUGUAUUACAAUAAUACGUAAACAGCUAAAACAGUUUUUUUGAUGUUAGAAAGGCACAAAUUAUACUCAGAUAAUGCUCCGUGUCUAUGUCGGUGAUUCUGGCAACGCUCUUGAGGACUAGCAGUACAAGGGACUAUCGCCAACCUAGUCUAUUAACCACCUGAUUAAAAACAAUGGUGGGAAGAUUUUGGCACCGAAACAUUGAUGCUAUUUUGUACUGGGUUUUAAUCUGAAAUUUUGUAAACAUCUGCCGAUGCCUCAUGGGAAAACAUUAAGAGAUUUGAUUAAUAUUCUCCUUUCUAACUAAAAAAAGUCUGCCCGCACACAGGCACAUCAUUGUACAGUUAGCUAUGCAAAAGUUUUAGAUAUAAUGGAUUUCAACCUGUAAGUCCUCCGUUGGUGCAAAUUCAUCAUCCAGUAUGGAAUUUGUCUUUGGAAAGCGCCAACAAGCAUCCCAAAAGCUGAACCUGGAAAAUUUGACUCGGUUCCCUCGGGUUUUCAAGCACACUUCAUCAGGCAGCUUGAAGGGAGGGGGGGGGAAGUUAGGUGAAAAGAUCUGACUUGACAAAGAUAGGGCGACAAGCUUUUUUGACAAAACCUUUGGAAAAAGUAACAACAGUGUUCCGUGUUGUCAAAGGCGGCAUAGGAAAAGCUUUCUGUGAAUUGUGUUCAGGGGUAACCGAACAUUUACCUACCAUGUAGGAAUAGGUAGAUAGAGGGAGAUACCAGAGCUAUAAGCAAGGUAUUAAAAAGGAAGGCAAGUCUGCUAUAGAAUUGGGAAGCUUUGAGGAUAACCCUCCGGGGGAUUUCCUAAUGCACCCAAACAAACUGCUCAGUACAGGUUGCCUUUUUUUACUUUCUUUACUAGACGGAGAGGGGCGUUUGAAUGGAUGGCCACAGUUGAGGGGCUUUGUUCAUUAUUUAAAACGUUAAUGGAAAUGAUUAGUGCGGGGAGUCUUUCGAGAAAAUAUCAGUGUUCCCUUCCUAGAAGGGCAAGAGAAAACGUGCACAGUGUUGUUUGAUCGUUUAGUUUUGUAGGGUCGAUAACGCAUUCCGUAAUGCGGUUCUGCUCACUUCAGGAUCUUCUCGUUGGUUGCAAAGUCUAAAAAACUCUGCAGCUGUAAGAAGUUAAGGGUUGGAAUGGUUUCCUCAUAUCAUUGAGGCCUAAAGUUGAACGAUCCAGAACUUUGCGGGAAGCCUGGCUGGUUUCUUUAACUGGAUUUUUCCCCCCUUCCUUUCUCUUUAAUGCAAAUCAGCUGGCUCGAAUGUUAGAGAUGUUUGAGGGACCAAGAAUUUAGAGGGCACUUAUUUGACAUUCCAGGAGGAUAUAGCAGGAAAUGUUUUUUUUUUCUUAAAGGAUUUGCUGUCCAUAUUUUAAAAGUUAGAACUUAGGUCGUUGGAUAUUGAUUCUUUUUUUUCCCCUUCCCUCCCUUACACAGACAUACACACACAUACAAAAUACAUAAUCCCCAUCCAUUUCUAUCCACCAAUUCUGAUUCUAUUCUUCUGAAGAACAAGAAUAGACAUAUUCUUGUAUAGAGAGCCCUAUUCUUAUCAACCUUUCUCUCGUUUGUCAGCAUUUUAUACCCUCCUUCCCCCUCUUUAUAUUAGGAUAGAGCUUUGAUAUUAUAGUUAACACGCAGCUUCACCUAAAAAUGUAAUUUAUCACCAUGUCAGUAGUUCAAAUACCACAGCUAUUACUUAAGAACCGAGAAAGAAAAAAAUAGGAAGAGGGUAAAUAUGAAGAUUGAUUGUAGUUCCGAAGCCAGUUAUUGUCCUGUUACGUUGGGAAGCCAAAUGAUUUAGGAAAUGGGCACCGUUUAGGAAGCAGGCCUGGGCAUAAAUAACAGCUUAUUACGUUGAAAUCUUCAGGCUGAAGACCCUCUCAUGGAGAUAAUUAGAUAUCUUCUGGGUUCCUUCCAGAUUCUAUUACAAUCAUCCCUGGUGACUUGCCCACUCUGAAUUGCCCUCCUUCAAGGUUCCUGUGAACUCUAUUUGCCACCCUAAAAGAUGGCUGCUUUUGGUUUCAAUAUAGUUACAGUGUGUAGAAGUGCGGGGUCCUCUCUCCUCUCUGAGCCUGCUUGUUUUCUUGCGGAUGUUUAGUUACCCAAAUCAGGUGACUGAUGCUGUUACUCAGUUGGGUAAUGAACCGUCUGCAAGAAAACAAGCUCAGAGAACACCAAGGACCCUUCAUUUCAACCCUGAACUACAAAUAUCUCUCUUUUAAUGUGAAGAAGAUUCAGUUGCCCCCAACCCACACUCCCCAUACUAUGACAAACUUGUGGCACUUUCCCACGCCCUAUAUACCUAUAUGCUUGUAUGCCGACAAACUAGUGGAUUUCCCACAUGUUAGAAUUUUCAGGGGUGUGCCCGGAAUGACAGCCCUGUCGUCAUCCUGCUUUCCUUAAAUGUAGGAUGCACGCUAGUACCUCGAAAUUCAGCAGAAAAUCCUCAAAUUUCAGAGCUAUUCAAGAGAUGGACUUGCAGGUCUUCUUGAUUCAGGCUGCUUAUUUGAUUCCCAGAUGUCAGAUAAUGCAUUCCCUAAUUAUUAUUAUCUUUAAGUCCUAUAAUUAACCUUAAAAGUUUCCAUAAAACUACUGGUAGGCCAGCUGCCUUUUUUGGAUGCAGUUACGCAAUGCGUGAGAAUCCAGAAAGGUAACACUUAAACUAGAUAGGAAGGAGGUGCUGAAUGGUAAAUAAUGGCUAUGUUAUAUAAGGCAGGGGUCUCCAACCUUGGUCGCUUUAAGACUUGUGGACUUCAACUCCCAAAAUUCAAGGUUGGAGACCCCUGAUAUAAGGGGUCCUGGAUGAGUCAUUCUAGGCCAGGCCUUUGCUUCACUGACAAACACCCCCUUAAAAAACAGAGAGAUGCAAAGCAGAGCCUUAAUUUGUCAUUGUGUGUGUGUGUUUUUUUUAUGUGUGCUUGUGCUAUAUUUUAGGGUUGUUGUUUUUUUAAUGAUGAUUUAAAUAUACUGUGAACAAAGGCAAAAUUUUAACAUAUGUGGAAUCCAUUAAUUUUUUUUAAUCUGUUUUUUUUUCCCAGCAGCUUUUACUUGUCCAGAAUCAAGUUAGUAAUAUUUUAGGCCAUCAACAUUUCAUUGUUUGUCUUUGUUCUUCAUUAUUAAGAUGUAAUCUGCUUUCUGAUUUUAGAGUAAACGAGGCAUCGAGAAAUAAUAUUUUUAUUGGACUUGCUCUGUGAGUUUUUCCAGAAUGUGUUUUAUUUCAAUGGUUCUUUUUUUUAUACACAACCUCCUCUUCUCUCAGCUUCCCUAUCAUCUAAAUUUGUUCCUUUCAAUAAUCCUGUUAACAUUUCUUUGCAUUUCCUCACUGUUUUUAAUGCUGCUUGUAUUUUGGAAGGUUUUAAAACACGGGACAAUAACAACCAAUGAAGCAAUCCCAGUUUCUUUCUUCCUAACCCAAUUUUGACCAUAUACAGUGAAAUGUACAAAUGCUGGAAUUCAGUUAACUUAUUGGAAUAUGUAACAUAAAUGUUUACAAAUAAAAUUGUGUUGCUAGUC